AUGGCUUUAGCAAUCGCGCAGGCAGCGCAAUUGAAACCUGAACUCAAACUUUCACAAGCACUACAUGAGUACGAAACAAUACUUUCAGAUGAAGAGAGGUUCCGACUCCACUCUCAGGGUCCGCCAGACGCUAUGGCUGCCAUCAAACUCACAACUUUGAUCGACGAGAAAUGCAACAGUGACCGCAGACAAUGCAUGGGACCAAGACUUAUUACAUUCCUCGAAUCGGUUCAGCAAUUCAAUAAUGUAGUUGAUGGGUUUGUCAGCUCUCGUCCUGAAGUUGCGGCAUUAGCAGCCAACAAUCUUACGACAUAUUUUGAUCAGCUAUCGACCCUUCUCAUGAACAUAGGCCGACAAUGCCCGCGUAUUCAUGAAUUGGGUUCCUUGUACCCAUCAGUAGGAUUGCAAAGAGCUCUCUGUGAGUAUUACGUAUCUGUUAUACGACUUUGUAAGCACAUUAAACAGUCUCUUCAGAAAUCGGUAUACUUACAAUUGUCGAAGGCCUUGCUAGUGUCAUUCAAGACUGAGUUUGGUCCGUACGAAGCGGAAAUUGCGAUUAUCUCUGAAGCGGUCCGAGAAGAAGUGCAACUAGCAUCGAUGCAGGCCCAGAAAUUGGAAAAUGAGCUACAAGCUAGAGAGCGAUUGAAGAACAGCAACAGCCGCAACGUCAUCGUCAAAAUAAAGCGUAAGCUCGAUCGUACCACUGAGGAAAGUAAUAAACGGCACUUGGCAAUCGAUCACAGACGAUAUGAGCGAGCGAAGCGGGAGGCCCUGGACUGGCUCUCUCUCUACGAUUACCAAAGCACUUACAGGCAGAUUCGCAAGGCUGCAUGUGUGAUCGCUCACUUGAUUGAAAUUCUAACGCCCAGAAAUGUCGUCGCUUUCUUCUUCUGCCGUUUUGACAAUCAUGAAUCUGUGCAAGCAAAAACUAUCAAUGGAAGUAUCGCAAGACAGCUCGUCAUGGACUUACCUGCAGCUACAUUACAAGAUUUCGUGGGCAAAGAUACCAAUGGGGUAGUCAGCAUCAGCGUACUAGAGAGGACUUUGGACCCCAGUCGUCAAUACUUCAUUGUAUUGGAUGGGUUGGACGAAUGCAAAGAAGUUGAGAUCAAAGAUGUCACGGAGUUUUUCUAUGGUCUCUUGCUUUCACCAGUAUUGCGAGUGAAAAUAUUUUGGUCAAGUCGCCCCAAUGCAAAUGUUUGGCUGACAGAGAAAAGCCUGGCCCGCCAACGUAUCAAUUUGGAAAGCAUUAAGUACCGUGACAUGGUCGCCCACGAUAUCUGCAAAUUCCUCCGCGUGACGCUUGAAGGAUACUUAGAAGGGGAUACACCGAAGCUGGAAAUUAAUGAUCCGUCUCUCGCCCUCACUAUUCGAGAUCAUCUUGAGCGAAAAGCCCAAGGGAUGUUUCUCUGGGUGAAGUAUCAACUUCAAACACUGUGCAAGAAGAAAUCGGACACCGAGAUUCUUGAUGCUUUGGACCAUCUUCCACGAGAUCUUCCACAAACAUACGAAAGAAUUCUGUCCCAGUAUAAUGAGCCAGAUGAUAUAGAGAUUGGACAGCGAAUAUUUCGAUGGACAGCCAUUGCAAAGCGGCCUCUUACAGUCGAUGAGCUACAAGAAGCAAUCGUAAUCCAGCCAUUGCAAGAGACUCGGGAUUCCCAUUCCUGUAUCAACAACAUGCAAAAGGCGUUAGCGUGCUGCGGUAAUCUUGUCUUUGUGGACGAAGAAAAGCAGACCAUACAUUUCACGCAUAGUAGCGUCAGACAGUAUCUACUCUCGGACUCGAUUGAAGCCUCCCUGAAGGAUUACUCCAUUGAUGUGGAGAAAACUGAAUCGGAGGCGGGAGCAAUUUGUGUCACCUAUCUCAAUUUUCCAGAAUUUGAGAAGCAAAUCGCGCGGCCAGUCAGAAGAAGCAUCAAUCCUUCAAACAUUACAUCUACCGUCGUGAGAAAUAGCCUCAGUCCCGGGACCACUGCUAACAAAAUCGCUCUUCGUUUCCUCAGAGAGGAUACCAAAUCUAGCAAGUCCGUCCAACGUCUUUUCGAAGAGGCAUCAGGGGAUACCGAACAGCAUCGUCAACAGAGCCUUCUCAGACAAUUUGCAUUUAAAUCCUACGCAGAGCGAUUCUGGCUUGAUCAUACUAAGGAAGAUUUCGACUUGUACCCCAAGCUUCUAAGACUUUGGUAUAAGUUGAUCCAAGAGGCUGGCUGGCGCGAUACUUUGUCCGGCGUGCCUUGGACAAUUGAUGACUGGAAUAAUCGGACUGACAAGGUUAUGCAUUGGAUUGCGGCAAACAAACAUUGCUCGUUAGCAAAACAGAUGUUUGCCUCAGAAGGAUUACACGAGGAGAAUAUUGAAAUCUUGAUCAAAGGAGCUGCAUCAAGAGGAUUUCUCAGGCUUUUGACGAUUACUCUAGACUCAGGACGGGCUUCGCAGCCAAGCUUGGAUGCAGCCUUACUAUCAGGGGCUGGUGCUGGACAUAUCGCCAUUGUAGAGACACUGCUACAAAAGAAAGCAAAUGUCAAUGCCAUUGCCAAAGAUACUUGUGCUAGAAAACUGCUUCCGGCUUUAUCUAAAGACGUGCAGCCAGUGAGAGUGCAAUUGUUGAUCCAAGAACGGGCCAAGAUUAAUUUCGCCACCAGUUACAAGUGCAGGACAGCAAUGCAAGCAGCAAGUAGGCAUGGAUUCCUUGCAGUCGUAGAGAGACUCCUUGAAGAAAACGCAGAUGUCAACGCUACCGCCGGUUAUGAUGGCAGGACUGCCCUUCAAGCGGCAGCUAGGAGUGGACAUCUAGCUGUUCUUGAAAGGCUAAUUCAGGCGCAAGCUAAUGUCAGUGCAGAUGCUGCAGAAUGCAACGGGAGGACUGCUCUCCAGGCAGCAGCAGAAGGUGGACAUCUGGACGUGGUCGAGACAUUGCUUGAAACAGGUGCUGAGGUGAAUGCGCCUGCGGCGAGAUUUAACGGUGUUACUGCGUUGGAAGCAGCAACAAAGGGCGGGCAUUUAGAGAUACGCGAUCGGCUAGUUAGUGCAGGUGCUACGUAG